GCGGCGCCCAGCGGCGCGACCCGGCGUGGGGACAGCGGGGCUGGGCCGUGAGCCCCGACACCGCGGCGACAACCGGCGACAUGAGGCUGAACUGGGUCCGGGCGCUGCCCCGGGGCCUCUGGGGCAGCCCCGCAGUGCCGGAGCUCUGUCGGAGCUUGUGCCAGCGCCCAGCUCGUGCUCCCACUGAAGGGGGUGACACCGCGGGGACCCCAAAACCUCGCAGGCCGCAGCAGUGCCACCCCACGGAGGGCGACACCCCAACAAGGGGUGACACUUCGCGAGGUGCCACCUCGGGAACACCAGCGUGGCAUCGCCGUUUACACGAGAUACGCGACCAAGAGCGCGAUCCGCACCCCCGUGCGCCUCUGGGGGGUGACACCUCGGGGGGUGACACCUCGAGGGGUGACACCUCGGGGGGUGACACUUUCAGGGGUGCCACCCCCAAGGCCCCAUCGCGACGCCUCCGCUCCCACAAGACUCACCACGACGACUCCCACCAGGACCCCCACGAUGGCGACACCGGCGACACCGGAGCCCCCCGGCGCGGCCCCGCGGCCUUCGAGGCGGCCCUGCAGGACAUGGCUCGGUCGCCACCGGGCCGCGGUGGUCGCCUGGCGCUGGUGGAGGCGGCCUUGGCGGCGAUGCCGGCGCUGGGCGUGGAGCGCAGCCUGGCUGCCUACAACGGGCUCCUGCGGCUCCUGCCCCGCGGGCCCUGGGUGCCCCGCGGGCCCGUGCAGCGCCUGCUGUUCCCGUUCCCGCGGCAGCAGGAGUGCGGCCUGCAGGUGCUGGAGCAGAUGGAGCGAUACGGGGUGGUUCCCGACGCCGAGACGCGGUUCCUGCUGCUGGGGGUGUUCGGGCCGCGCAGCCGCCCCCUCAGGAAGGUGCAGAGGAUGAUGUUCUGGCUGCCCCGGUUCCGCCACCUGGACCCCCACCCGCUGCCCCCCCGGCUGCCGCCCCCCGGGCUGGCGACGGCGCGCCUGGGGCUGCAGCGCAUCGCCGGGGACCCCGGGGCCACCGUCAGCGUCAUCCAGGAUGGGGACAGGGCGUGUCCCUGCAGUGACCCUUGUGUCCCCAUCCCACAGCGGCCCGUGCCAGACACAGGAAAAGACCAAGGCUCCGUCCAGCCCUACAUUGUCAGCUCCCAGAGCCCGGAGCAGAGGCAGCUCCUGGCCCAGCACGACCCUUCCCGCCCGGUGUUCGUGGAGGGGCCCUUCCCCCUGUGGCUCCGCGGGACCCUCCUCAAAUAUUUCGUGUUACGGGGGGACCCCCUGCCCCCACACCUCAGGGACCCCCCCCCAGACCCCGAGCGCAGCUUUUACUUCCCGCUGUACCUGGAGCUGGACCUGGAGCGCGGCCCCUGGGAUGAUGAAGACUUUGAUGUGGAUGAAGUGGAGGAGGGUCCCGUGUUCGCCCUGUGCAUGGCGGGAGCAGGUGACCGGCACACCUUGGGCAGGUGGAUUUCGGGGCUGCAGGAGCAGAACCCGGUGUUGGGGCGCACCCCCGUCGUCUUCCGCCUCACCGAGGGCGGGGACCCCUCUGCUGACCCCCACGAGGGACCCCAGACCCCACGGCUGGGCUCGGGGAUGCCCCCGGCAGCAGAGCUGGAGCCCCCCGAGGGGCAGGACGGCGGCAAGCGAGGGGGAGACCCCCCAAAAAGCAGCGGAGAAUAA